AUGGCCGGGGGCCCUGUCACAAAUUGGCUCGUGCUGCCCUCCAAUUCGACUGGCCACAAUGUCGCUGCAGAAGCAGGAUGGGCCACGUCCGACCUCUUCCAUGAAACAUUUGGUCCAAAGACGUCCGCCGAGUGGACUGCUCCAGAAUCCGGUGACCCGGCGAGCUCUCACAAUGCGAGGAUGACCACAACGGACGGCAACCGGGGGGAGGGAGGGGAGGGGGCCAUCUUAGUCUAG